AUGAAUCUCCAGCUCCUCCAUCGAAUCUCGCAUCGGAUCCGCUACUUCCACGCCGCCGCACCAGCUCCCCUCUCGGAGACUUCCGUAUCCGACGAGCUCGUCUCGGUCAUCGAGGCGUCCAAUCCGAUGGAGCCGGAGCUGGACGCAAUGGUCCCUUUCCUCUCCCCCGCCGCCGUCGCUUCCGUUAUCCAACAGCCGCCCAAUCCGCAGCUCGGCUUCCGUUUCUUCAUCUGGGCGUCUCGGUACAAGCGUUUCCGCACCUGGGAAUCGCGGGACGCGAUACUCCGGAUGCUGGGCGACGAGAAAGGAAUGGAUUUGUAUCGUCAGGUUUUGGAAGAAACGAAGAGGUGCAAAUUCGAGGUUCCUGCUGAAGCAUUUCUGGUGCUGAUUCAAGCUUGUGGGAAGAGAGGUAUGGAUGAGAAGGCUGUUGAAGCCUUUGGGUCGAUGGCCGAAUUCAACUGUAAGCCCGAUGUUUAUACUUACAAUGCACUACUUCAGAUUCUACUGCGUAAAGGGGUUACCUCACUUGCUCUAGCUAUUUACCAUCAAAUGAUGAAACUGAAUUGCGUUCCGGAUAGGAACACCUUCGGCAUCUUGAUUGGAGGGUUGUGUCAGUGUGGAGAGACCCGUAUAGCGCAAGCAUUGUUCAAUAGAAUGGAAGAGAUAGGAAUUUUGCCUGAUAAGGUCAUAUAUACAGUAGUGAUCUCGGCUUUAUGCCAGGAUAAGACGAUCGAUUAUGCACGUAAUUUGCUAGAUAAGAUGAAAAGCGAGGGCAUUGAACCUGAUUCUGUAACAUAUGCUGCUCUGCUGAAUGGAUACUGUAAGUUAGGUAGAAUAGAUGAGGCUCUGGCUUGCUUGGGAUCAUUUGAGAAAGAAGGUUAUGUGCUUGAAGCUCGUGGAUAUAGUUGCCUAAUUGACGGGUUCUAUAGGGCUAAGAGAUAUGAGGAAGUGGAUAUCUGGUAUCGUAAGAUGAUCAGUAGUGAUAUUACGCCUGAUGUUGUUGUUUACACAAUAUUGACGAAAGGUCUAUCGGCUAGAGGGAAGAUGAACGAGGCAAUGAAGUUGUUGAAUGAGAUGAAUAAGAGAGGCGUGGUUCCUGAUACGCAGUGUUAUAAUGUUUUGAUUAAAGGCCUCUGUGAUAUUGGGCUUGUCGAUGAGGCCAAGUCACUAAGUCUUGAGAUUUCAAAGCAUGAUCAAGUUCCUACUGCUUAUACACAUACCAUUCUUAUUUCUGGUAUGUGCAAGAAUGGAUUGGUCUCAGAGGCUCAACAGCUGUUCAAGGCUAUGGACAAAUCUGGAUGCGGUUCUUCUGUUGUUACCUUCAAUGCCCUUAUCAAUGGUCUGUGUAAAUCCGGAAACCUUGAGGAAGCUAAGAAGAUGAUACAUGCUAUGGAGAGGAGUGAGGCUUUUCUGGGUCUACAAAUCUUUGGAAAUAGCCUCAAGUAUUCGUUAGAAAAGGAUGGUGAUGGCCUUGAGAGGAUAAAGAACGGAAAUUCUGAACCCGGAUUGAUUCUCAAGGAAUACAACUCUCUUGUAAAACUUGACGAGAAGGUUGUGGCUGACAUCAGAACAUAUAACAUUCUGAUCAAUGAAUACUGCAAAGCAGGGAACAUUGAUGAAGCUUUUAAGCAGUUCAAACUGCUUCCCUGUAGAGGUCUACUGCCCGAUUCUGUAACAUAUGGGACCCUUAUAGAUGGGCUUUUUCGGCUUAAAAGAGAUAAAGAAGCCGAAGAACUAUUCAGGAAAAUGUUGGAGAGUGGUCUUACGCCGAGUACAGCAGUUGUUAAAUCACUCAUGACUUGGUCAUGCAGGAGAAAGAACCUGUCAUCAGCCUUUAAUCUUUGGUUAAAGUAUCUGAAGAGUGUUGCUGGCAGAGAUGAUAAUGCAAUUAAAGCCAUAGAAGAGCUUUCCGAGAAGGGAGAAAUCGCCAUGGCAGUUAAAAGCUUACUGGAAAUGGACCUCAGAUUAAAUGAUUUCCAGCUAGCACCAUAUACUAUCUGGUUAAUUGGGUUGUGCCAGUCUGGAAGAAUAGAAGAAGCUUCUAUGGUAUUUUCUAUUCUCGAUAAAUCCAAAGUAGCUAUUACUCCACCAAGUUGUGCAAACUUGAUAAAAGCUAUCCUCCUGGGUCCCUCUUUGCCAAUGAAGCAGAGCCACAGUAUACGCCUCUUUUUUCCCCUCGGAUAUUCGUUCCUUCUCGAACAAUGGCCAGAUUUAACUUCUGUGGCUACUGGCGUCAUCAUCACAUCCUUGGAAGGUUGGUACAGGAUAUGGAAGUUAUCUAACUGGGGCUCCUGGAGUCAUGGGAGAAGUGAGACUCAUGGUUGGGAAAACUACUCCCUCUUCUGUCUGUAA